UUCUACUUUGGGGGACAUUUCCAGGAAGGUUUCAGCCCCAUGGACUUUUCCGUCGGCCCCCGCCUCACUGCCUUCCCACCCGAAAGACUGUUGAGAGUGUUCUCAGGGUAGCUGCGCAGAGCAAGUUAAUAAAUACUUCUGGAUAAGUCGCUGGGACUCAGUUUGCCGUGAAGUACCACAUAAGUUUAGAUUAGAAAAGCUCAGGCGAAAGGCUAUUUGACGGAAGUUUGGAGGAGCUCUAACUUGGGUAGUCUCAAUGUCUCUUCCAACACUUACUUGCUCAAGUUCAGCACUGAACUACCACUCAGGAAACCGGGGUUCCGCCAGUUCAUAUGACCUCAGGCGGGUCAUGCUUUCCAGAGUGUCAAGUGUUUUCAAUGGCACCUCAAUUGGCAGCUAGAUUUCAGUAUUAGAAGGGCCCCAGAUUCUUCUGCUCUGACAUUGGCCAGUUUGGUGCCUGGGCCAAGUCUCUUAAACCAGUAAGUAAAGAAAGAUGGUCUCUGAGACACUUGGGGUGACUGGAGGUAGGCGGUUGGUGGGUCUUAUGAUGGUUUUGCAGCUAGAUUAUCUGGAAAACUACUGUGGGGGAGAUGGCAAACUGAAUGUGAGGAGGAGUGGGACUUUUCUUCAGACACUAGGUUUCUCACUUUGGGGACCCCAGAGAUGGCACUUAGACAUGACAUUCAGGCAAAGAACUGGUGUCCUCGUUUGCCUGAGUCUCACUCAGUGCACCCAGUAAUCCUGGGAGAAGAGGGUAAUGAAUCACCCAGGGCUAUUUUCAAACCUUGACUCCUGCAGCAGCACCAGCACCCACGCCCACUCUAAGGGUUGCGGUCCCUGCCUGUGCCGUCACUAUCCUUGCUGUCUGGGUUUCCUCUCGCCUUCACCUUCUUGGAAUGAAAGGGAGACAUUUCUUUCCUGGGGACUGGAGGUGGGCAGCCCAAGGCACAAGUGGUGUCUAGAAGCUGAGGCCAAAAAAGCAUGUGAAUGGCUCCGGGCCACAGGAUUCCCUCAGUAUGCUCAGCUUUUUGAAGAAGGUGUAUUCCCCCUGGAUAUUGGCUCUGUGAAGAAGGACUACAGUUUUCUGGACCAGGACUCUCUGGGGGCCCUGUGCAGGAGGCUGAUGACCCUGAACAAUUGUGCUUCGAUGAAGCUCGAGGUUCAUUUUCGAUGCAAGCAGGAUGACGACUCAGAAGAGGAGGAGCAAUGCACCAUCAGCAGCCACUGGGCCUUUGAGCAGGAAAGCAAGUGUGGGUCUCUCACGGGCUCUUCUGCCCUGCUGGCCCCACCAAGCCCUAGCCUCCCGGGGACCUCAAGCUGUGAAAGUGUCCUCACCGAGCUUAGCGCUGCCUCUCUGCCAGCCAUCUCCGUGAGCCUUUCGCCAGAGUCAGCAGACCUGCCCUUGUUAGGUCAUGUCCCCAGCCCAAGUAACCAGCCCUUCCUUAGUCCCACCCAGGGCCAGGAGGGUUCCCAAGACAAAGUGAAGAAGCAUUAUUCCAGAAGCUUCCUCAAGCACCUCGAAUCUCUGAGGAGGAAGGAAAAGGGUGACAGCCGGCAAACAGAACCUGAGCAACGCUUAGCCACCUCAGAAAAGGCCACUAAAGCCUCAUCUUUCCGCACUUGCCGUGGCCUCCUCUCAGUUGGAUUUCACAGGGCCAAGAACAGGGUCACCACUUCACCCAGGGUCAGAGAUGGUGAGACUCAGAAAACCUGGGAGGCUUGGCCUGUAGCCACAUUCCGGCAUCCUCAGCCUAAUCGCAGGCAUGACUGCCUGGUGCAUGUGCCUAGGGACCAUAAGCCAGGCACAUUCCCUCGUUCUCUGUCCAUUGAAAGCCUUUGUCCAGAUGAUAGUCGUCACCUGGCAGAUUGGCAGCCAAAUAGGUGCUGGGGCUAUGAAGGGCGCCGGGGCUCCUGUGGUUCUACCGGCAGCCAUGCCAGCACUUACGACAACUUGCCUGAGCUGUACCCAGCUGAGCCUAUACAGGCUGAGGCUGAAGAUGAAGAUGAGGAGGGUGAAGGCAGCUAUGCCCAUCUAGAUGACAUCCUAGAGCAUGUGUGGGGGCUACAGCAACGGGUAGAGCUGUGGUCUCAGGCCAUGUACCCAGACUUGAGGCCUGGAGAUAAGGAGGAGGAAGAGGAGGAGGAAGAGGAAGCUACUUCAUCAGUGGAAAUAGCCACAGCUGAGGUGGAAGGCCAGGAUGAAGCUCUAGCCCAGGCAGAGUCCCAAGUCCACAGAGGUUUCCCAACUGAAGUCAAGGAGGAAGUCCCACUGAUAGUCCUGGAUCAGGCCCCGACUGUGGUUGAACCAUUGGUACAGGCUGAGGCUCCAGCCCAGGCCCAGCAUCCUGAGCAAGACGCAAAUUCAGCCGCAGAGCCUAUUUCUGCCUCCAGCCUGUCCGUGGAGGAAGGGCAUUCCAUUUCUGACACAGCGGUAUCCUCCAGUGAACUUGACAGUAGUGGCAACUCCGUGAAUGAGGCAGAUGUUGCAGACGCCCUGGCGGGACCUAACGCAUCAGUACCCCGUGAACGGCGUGACUCGGGUGUCGGGGCCUCACUUACCAGACCAUGCAGGAAACUUCGUUGGCACAGCUUCCAGAAUUCCCACCGACCUAGUCUCAACUCAGAGUCACUGGAGAUCAACAGGCAGUUUGCAGGCCAGAUCAACUUGCUUCACAAGGGCUCUCUGCUGCGGCUCACUGGCUUCAUGGAAAAGUACACUGUGCCCCACAAACAAGCCUGGGUAUGGUCAAUGCCCAAGUUUAUGAAAAGAAACAAAACCCCAGACUACCGGGGACACCAUGUAUUUGGAGUGCCACCCCUCAUUCAUGUCCAGCGUACAGGCCAACCCUUGCCCCAGAGCAUUCAGCAAGCUAUGCGCUACCUACGAAGCCAGUGCCUAGACCAGGUGGGCAUCUUUCGCAAGUCUGGGGUCAAGUCCAGGAUUCAGAGCCUACGCCAAAUGAAUGAGACAUCCCCUGACAACGUCUGCUAUGAGGGCCAGUCGGCCUACGAUGUGGCUGAUUUACUGAAGCAGUAUUUCCGAGACCUGCCUGAGCCCAUUUUUACCAGCAAGCUCACCACCACUUUCCUACAAAUCUACCAGCUCCUCCCCAAAGAACAGUGGUUGGCAGCGGCACAAGCUGCCACCUUGCUGCUCCCUGACGAGAACCGAGAAGUGCUACAGACCCUGCUCUAUUUCCUAAGUGACAUUGCCUCUGCUGAGGAAAACCAGAUGACAGCUGGCAACCUGGCAGUGUGCCUGGCACCCUCUAUCUUCCACCUCAAUGUCUCCAAGAAGGACAGCCCCUCACCCAGGAUCAAGAGCAAACGAAGCCUGGUUGGCCGGCCAGGCCCCAGGGACUUGAGUGAGAACAUGGCUGCCACACAAGGUCUAUCACACAUGAUCAGUGACUGCAAGAAACUUUUCCAGGUACCCCAGGAUAUGGUGGUGCAACUAUGUGGUUCAUACAGUGCAGCUGAGCUCACCCCUCCUGGGCCAGCCCUGGCUGAGCUAAGGCAAGCACAGGCUGCUGGGGUGAGUCUGAGCCUUUACAUGGAGGAGAGUGUGCAGGAGUUGCUCCGGGAUGCUGCAGAACGCUUCAAGGGAUGGACCAAUGUGCCGGGGCCCCAGCACACAGAGCUGGCUUGCAGGAAGGCACCAGAUGGGCACCCUCUUCGGAUGUGGAAGGCAUCCACAGAAGUGGCUGCCCCUCCAGCUGUGGUGCUGCAUCGUGUCCUUCGGGAGCGGGCCCUGUGGGAUGAGGACCUACUGCGGGCCCAGGUGCUGGAAGCCCUGAUGCCAGGUGUGGAACUGUACCACUAUGUCACUGACAGCAUGGCACCCCAUCCUUGCCGUGACUUUGUGGUGCUCAGGAUGUGGCGCUCAGACCUGCCUCGUGGUGGGUGCCUCCUUGUCUCUCAGUCCCUGGAUCCUGAGCAACCCGUGCCAGAGUCUGGAGUACGCGCCCUCAUGCUCACUUCCCAGUACCUCAUGGAACCCUGUGGCCUGGGCCGCUCUCGCCUCACUCAUAUUUGCCGCGCUGACCUCAGGGGCCGUUCUCCUGACUGGUACAACAAAGUCUUUGGGCACUUGUGUGCCAUGGAAGUGGCAAAGAUCCGAGACUCCUUCCCAACACUUCAGGCAGCUGGCCCUGAAACAAAGCUAUGAGUCUUGGGCUGACACUGCCCAGGCACCUGCCACCAAAGAAAUGAGUGGGAAUAAGAACUGAGACGCCUUUAGGGACACAGCCAGGCCUAAGUGGCCCAGCUGCCUAUCCUCUUGCAUUUUAAUGCUACUCUGCACAUACACCAGAGAAGAGAGCGUAGGUGUCCUGCCUCCACCCACCCUCAUCCCCACACUACCUUCUGACCUCACAAGCGAAGAGAAUCUUGUUAGUGGCAAGAAGAUCGUUGCUGUCCACCUGACCAAGAAGAUGCUACUGCAUCUGGAGGCCCAGCAGGGGAAGAAGGUGGAGAGCACUGUGCAGCCUGGGCUCUCUUCUGUCAUACCAAGAAGCCAGGCCAUGAGUUUUGGUGCUAGGGUUCUUUUGAGUUUGAAUAUGGGGUCUGAUCCUGCCUUUGGGGUCAACAUGGACCCUGAAUACAGGUCUGGAACACCAGCUGGGGUAAGCACAGGGAAACACCAACCACCACAAUCCAUUUUAUUUAUGUAAACAUGAUGCUUUAUGAAGAAGCCUCCGAGUGGCCCUAUGAGCCCUUAGUAGGUAACAUGACGAACUGGGAUACCUUGAGAUAUGAGGCAAGCCCCAAGACACCAAUGAACCAUUCUCCCCUACUUUGACCCACACUUCCUCUAUUACUCCCCAGAGUUGUUGGCAACCUUUGGCCACUCAUGGCCAUAGAGACAAAUGAGUUAGCUUAUUCCCAUGACACAGGCCAGGCCAAAGCUGACAGUGGCAGCAAGAUAUACAAAUGUAUCCUCAUGCAUUUUGCCCAUGGUGGUGAUCUAUAAGAACAGUUCUUUCGAUCUGAGAGUAGCUGCUUUUCCAGAGGUCCUGAGUUCAAUUCCCAGCAACCACACAGUGCUGCAGAACCAUCUGUAAUGAGAUCUGAUGCCCCCUUCUGGUGUGUAUGUAGACAGCUACACAGUGUCUUCAUAUACAUCAUAAAUAAAUAAUUCUUUUUUAAAAAAGUAAAACCAAGUGUCCUAAAACAAAGCAAACAAACAAGCAAAACAGAGAGAGAGAGAGAGAGAGAGAGAGAGAGAGAGAGAGAGAGAGAGAGAGAGAGAGAAACCAAAAGAACAGUCCAUUCCUAGAGUAGACACCCUGGAAAAACACAAGGAAGGGCCUCCUUUAGCCAUUCUGGGCUUGAUACCAGCCUGAUCUAUUCCAUCUACUGGUUAUGUUUGUUCAGAUAGAAACCAAACAGCCAUUCAGAGGCCAAGUGGUGCUUUCUUUGUCUUUGGCUGAUUUAACUGGAUUUCGAUGGGUUGCAGCUAUCAUUGUAAUGUUAAUCCUGUUUUCUCCAUACCUAUAAAUACUGUACAGCCAAAAUAUAUAUGUGUAUAUGUAUAUAUAUACAUAUGUAUAUACCUAUACAUAUACACACAUAUCUGCAUGCACACACAGCUACUCCCUCUUGAGUACAUUAUACUCUCUGGAUGGGAGCAGGGUCUGGAGGGCCUGGACUAACACACUUCUGUUCUAAUGAGAAAGGAGAGGUGAAGGGCAGGCCACAGAAUUUCCCUCUGCAGAAUAAAGCAUGACUGGAGAUGCA